AUGUACCGACAUCCUCCAACAACGGCAACGCCGUGUCCGCUACCACCCACUCAUCCUCGCGAUUCCAUCCUGAGCACGGCCGGUGAUGACACGACUGCGAACAUCGAAUUCACUGCGGAUUUUGGAGGAUCCUUGAGAAACACCCGGCCACGGAGACAACAUAUCGCGCCUGGGAAGGAGAGAGGGCAGAAGAAUGCAUUGGACUUUGCAAUUCACGAGGAUGCCGAAUUAGGCGGGCGUGGUGGUCAUGGUGAACCCGGUGCCGGUAGGAAGAAGAUCGCUCUGGCGCAACCUGCGAGGAGGGCAGCCGCGGCACGUCCAUCUGUUGCUCAGAAUAUUGACCUUUCCUCUACGAUGGCUUCGCGGCAGCCUCAUGCUUCGAAGUCUGGAACCUCCCUUGUGUUGAAAGAUGAGGGCCGAAAUCGUCAUGCGCCGCGGGAAACAGCCACGCCCGUGAGCGUGAAACAGCUACACAAUGGUCAUAUGAUGCCACAAUUACCAGAUACUUCUCGCAGACUGAGCGGCGUACCACGAAGACCACCCAUCAAGACGGAGCGACCACUACCAUCCUUGCCCGAAGAGCAUGGUUUGACACUGGCACUGGCUCCCACUACCGUUUUGAAGCCUGCUCGGCGGGGCACCAUCUUCAUCCCCAUUGACGACACCACGAUGCCCAGCAUGUACAUGGGCAUCUUUAGUCCGAUCAAGGACUUGGAUGCCAGGAUGACGACCUCCAUGUCAGCGGAGUCGGACAUUGAGAUGACGGGUAUUGCGGCGCAGAUGGCGAAGAAGAGACACCCCCGGAGAUCGAUGAUGGAGGUGUCUCCAAAGCGGGUGCCUUUACAUGCUUUGGGGAAGAAUGUCCAGGGCAGUACUGUCAUUGAGGAUCGCUUCGGGCAGGGUGGUGGAAAGGAGAACAUCCCACCUGGGUACGACGGUGUGGAUAAUGAGAAGUCUGGUCGGAACGUCUCUACUUGCAAGGCGCAGGGACAGGUCUUCGAACAUGACUUGAUACAUGACCACACAAUCCCGAUCAACCAUGGUGGAAGAGGUGGUCACGCGCAACGAUUCGAUUCUGGCUUGGUACUUGAUCAUUUUCAACCCCGGGACCACGAAGAAAAGAAGGUGUCCAAGCUACAUGAGCCCACCGCUAGCUCUAUGGGAAGGACUAUCGACAGGAAAUCUUCCCAACGCGCUGGCGUCAAGCCUACCUGGAACUCGGGGUCCCGCGUCAAACCCUCUCUGCCGGCCGGGCUGAAGAAAACAAGUCCGACAGUCAACCCACGUGUGCAAAUCCAGGACCAAGUGUGCUUCAAAAAGCCCUUUGUGCCUACCCGAUUCAUCGUCCCAAGUGUCAAAACAGAACCGAUCGCUGACGCUUAUCCAAUCCUCACAGAAGACCUGGCCACUCCCUCCAUGUAUGAGGACCGUUGGUUAAAUCACCAGGAAAUCUCCAUCACUCAGCUUGUGAACAACCUGUUCGAAGCGUCUUCUCCAGGACCGUCAGCACUGCAAGAUGGCAUGUUGAGAAUCCGGCUCCUGGAGAGGUACGGCAAUGCCGAACAUGCGAUGCUCUACAGGCGACUACAAGCCGCGUUGAUGUUCGGCGCCCUGAGCGUUCCGUCAGAUAUUCUCAAAGGGGCAGGACGGUUGAGCAGCGAUAUCGGCAGACGAAAGGCGUUCACGGACCUGUGGCUGGAGACAUACAAUUUGUCCUAUCUUCAAGCUGCCUUGGAGGUAGUGGUUGGUCGCCAAAUGCGAGUCGCCGACGUAAGGCGAAGCACAGGAGACAGUGCGACGCGAGAGAGAUUGCAACGCUUCAUCGAGACAUUCUUGAUCAGAAAUGAGGAUGGCACACCUGAUGAGCACGGCACAGAUCGAGCGGCACGGUCUUAUCAACGAACAAUGCUUCGGAGUUUAAUGCUCAUCAGACUUCUGGAUAUCACCAAAAGCACCUCAGACCAGCUGGUGAGCGGAUGUCUGUUCCAGACUGUGUCGCCAUACAAGGACUCCAUCGAUGUCGUCAAAGCUCUGUUUCAGCUACUGAACCCGAGUGCUGGAGACCCCAUCCGAGCUUUGAGCCAUAUUGGAUACCGUGUCACGCAUUCACAAUACCCUCUCGAGGAAUACGACUACAAGAUCAACAAUCUGGCGGUCGAUUUACGCGAUGGGGUGCGACUGACGAGGCUGGUGGAACUGCUAUUGUAUCCAUCGGCAUCGCAGUCUCUUGAGUACUCGCAAGACCCCAACUCCACUAUAACGGUGCUCCUGCCGACCGGAGAACUGCUCUCUCUUGACGAAGGACAACAGGAUUGGCCCCUGUCUCAACAUCUCAAGCUCCCAUGCAUUGGUCGAGCCACGAAACUGUACAAUGUCCAAAUCGCCCUCAGCGCGCUGCAAGGGGUCCGGGGAAUGACGUCGGUGAUCCAAGAGAUAAAAGCCGAGGAUGUCGUGGAUGGCUAUCGAGAAAAGACGGUCAGACUGCUCUGGGGAUUGACCAGCAAAUGGGGCCUAGGUGGGCUCGUGGACUGGCAUGAUGUGGAGCGAGAGAUCAAGAGACUCUGUCGAAGUCUAGAUGCAGAUGCAAACAACACCUACGAAAACGACUUCUUCGACACAUUGUGGCAUGAUGACGAGGACGAAGAUGAACCUGCGCGCUACCAGAUGCUGUUGAAGUCGUGGGCUCAAGCCAUCGCAGCCAAGAAUGGAUUGGUGGUGACGAAUCUGACCACGAGUUUUGCCGGCACGCGGGUGUUUGAGGCUAUUGUGGACGAGUAUGAGGGAUACAUUAUUGUCAACAAUAGCAGCAGCAGCAGCAGCAGCAGUAAGAACGGUGACGCGAGGUCUAGCAAAACCCAAGGUGGAGGACGACUUCCUCUCAGCGCACGAUUACGACAGCUUGGCUGCAGCGAGCAGUUUGCUGGUCUAUUUUCAACAACUACAUCUGACACGUCUUCGCAAACUGGCGGCGGUCGUGGAUGUGGACGGAUUUUCGACCGGGAUUUCGUGCUGGCGGCGCUUGCCUUUCUCUGUUCACGAUUGCUGGAGCCGAGUAGGGGGCCCAGAGCGGCCGUGGUCAUUCAGAGAGCCUGGCAACGGCACUGGAAUAGGGUGGUCGAGGCGCGGAAGUGUCGUUUGAAAAUGAUGGCUGUGGGUUGUGCUGAGGCUGUACGACAGCGUCGACCACUUGAGUUUGUUCAGCCGAGUGAAUACGAAGGUGAAGGAGAAAUCCCUAGACAGCUCUUGCAGCCGAGUGAGAGAGGGAUCGCCUCUGAGCAACUCGUUCAGCCUGGUGAGGAAGGGGCAUCCCAUGAACAAGCUGCUCGGCCUGACGACGAAGACCGUGAAUCAUUGGUGCCGUCCAGCGAUGAUAGAGACAGAGACAGAGACACGAUGAGACAUGGGAAAGCAAAGAAUGCCCAAAUUCAGCAGGAAUCUGACGCCAUUGUACAUCGAAGUGUGCAAGAUGCGGAUGAGGAGGAUAUUUGGUUGUCUCUGUGA